UCUGUUUCAUGCCGAUACAUUUUCCCGCCAUAAACUGUUCCAAUCCUCGUCCAGUGUUCGGCGUUUCAAGCUUUGAAUCUUUUUAGUGGAAUUUUCAAGAAAUUGACAGCAUGGGAGACGUGGAAAACUUGGCUGACUUAAUGCCGAUCUACUACACCAGAUUAUUUCCUUUUCACGAUUUCUUUCGAUGGCUGAGUUAUGGAAAUUCGAACCUAUUCAGUCGCAGAGAAUUUUCCUUCACUUUACACAAUGACAUUUAUAUCAGAUACCAGUCAUUUAUGACUACACAGGACCUGCAAUAUGAGGUUAAGAGGCUGAUUCCUUUUAAGAUCGACAUUGGUGCAGUGUAUAAUUACUGUCCCAAGGAUCGCCAUAAGGGCACAAAUUUCCAACCUACAGAGAGGGAAUUGGUGUUCGAUAUAGAUAUGACAGAUUACGACGAAAUCAGAACAUGCUGCAGCGGUGCAGAUAUUUGUUCCAAGUGCUGGAAGUUCAUGGCACUUGCCUGUAAGAUUCUGGACAGUGCUCUAAGACUGGACUUUGGAUACAAGCACAUUUUGUGGAUCUUCUCUGGCAGAAGAGGCAUACAUUGUUGGGUAUGCGAUUCUGGUACACGCAAACUGACUAGCUACGAGCGUACUGCAGUGGCAGAGUAUCUACAGAUCCUAGAGGGCGGAGAAUAUACAAAGAAGAAAGUGAAUCUGCCCGGAGACAAAAUCCACCAUUCCAUCAAACGCGCUUUGGAGACGAUAGAACCUGUCUUUGUGCCUUUCUGUAUAGAAGAGCAGAAUAUACUAGGCACGGAAGAAGGCGUGUCCAAAUUUCUGCAGAUUAUUGCAGACGACGAAGACAGACAGGAGUUGAAGACGUUAUUUAGUCAAUGCAGCACUAGCAAAGACAGAUGGAAUGUUUUUGUAAAGUUCAUAAAAGGCAAGAAAACAGGGGUAGACAAGAAGUGGUACCAGUACCGUCACAUAAUCGAGGAAGUAAUGAUACAGUAUUCCUACCCAAGACUGGACAUAAAUGUCAGCAAGGGACUAAACCAUCUUCUAAAGGCCCCAUUCUGUGUUCACCCAAAAACUGGCAAAGUUUGCAUACCGUUUACCGCAAACACCGUUGACAAAUUCGAACCGGACAGGGUGCCAACUAUAACAUCGCUGAUCGAGGAGAUAAACGAGUUCGAUGCGAAAGAUAAAGCCGAGCAGGAGACCAACGACUUAACUAAAACGCGAAUCAAGGACUACAAAAAGACUAGCUUGAAUAAAUCGAUGCGACUAUUUCAUGAAUUCCUUUGGAACCUGGAAAAUGAGAGAAAGGGACAAAAAAUUCGAGAGAGCGAUGCGACAAUGGAGUACUAAUUUAUGUUGUACAAAUGUUAAGAUAAAGUACAUAUAAAGGGAACACGAAUAUAUUUUUCUAUUUUAUUACUACUA